AUGCCAUCACCACUAGACCUCAGCCUCCCAACAGCUCUCAUCCUAAUCGACAACCAAGUAGGCCUCUGCCACCCGACCACAACAACACACUGGGGUACCACCCGCUCCAACCCACUUUAUGAAGUCAACAUCCAAGCGCUCCUCUCCGCUUUCCGUACAGCGCGCUCGAUAUCGUCCACAACCCCACUAGAGGUAAUCCACAUCUUCCACUCAUCAACCACGCCAAAUUCACCCUUGCACCCCGCCCACACAGCUCACGGCAUCCGGCCUCUCGACUUCGCCGUGCCCGCAUCAGACGGCUCAGAGCCCGUGUUCUGGAAGAGCGUCAACUCAUCCUUUAUUGGGACGGAGCUCGAGCCUCAUCUGCGCCAGAAGGGGUUCCGCCAGAUUCUGAUUGCGGGACUCACGACGGACCACUGCGUCUCGACGACCACGCGCAUGGCGGCGAAUCUGGGCGUCGUGGAUCGCUUUUUGGAGGGUGGGCCUGUGCGGCUGCGCGAGGAUGGAUCCCAUGAGAAUGAGGCCCGCGUGCUGAAGGGCCGUGCUGUGCUUGUUGCUGAUGCCACGGCUACUUUUGGGAAGGCGGGGAUUGACUCCGAGACUAUUCAUAAGGUGUCGGUUGCUAGUCUCGAGGGUGAGUUUGCUGAUGUUUUGGGGACGGAGGAGGUUGUUAAGGCUUUGAGAAGGGUUAAGCAUUGA